AUGUUCCGGUGCGCUCAGUGUGAUAAAUCUUACCAGCGCAAGGCACAUUUGCAACGCCAUGUGGUGACCCAUACCGGCCAGGCCACUACUGCAUGUCCAUUCUGUAGAAAAUAUUUCCUAAAACCAGAGGUCGCACGACGGCAUAGUAAAGCAUGCGCGGCAAAACACAACAAGCAGCCUGCCCCAGCAGCCAAACCAGGGAGGAAAAGACAGUCUUGCGAUCAGUGUUUCUCUGUGAAAAAGGCUUGUGACAAAGGCCUUCCGUGCUCUCGUUGUCUUUCGCUAGGACUACAAUGCAAGUUUGAAUCGCAGCAGGCGUUUUCUCCGACAGAUUCCAGCUCGACAGACUUCUCAUUGCCGCCGUCAAUACAGUCUUCUAUAACAUCAAAAGAUGACACGCAAUUCUCUUUCCUCCGGCACUUUACCGACCCUUCCGUAGAGAAGGACCGGCUCGCCAUUGGAACAACCGCAGAAUGCUCGGUCCCGAGAAAUCUCGAAAACCUCUAUUCUCAUCUGGAAGAUGCUCUUAUACCACUCGACUCCAUGGCGGCGUGGUUUGGUGAUUUUUCAGGCUUGGGCUCUUUCUUUCAGCUUCCUUUGACCACGGAAAGUCAUAUCCCUACAGACUUUCUGUCUUCUGGACCGGGGCCCACCAAGCUUUCGGGACAAUUAAACGAGCUGAUGAUAGAACUCGUUCAAACGUCCAAAUCUAUGGAAAUUGAGUGCGCAGAUAAUACACAGUUGUUAUACGACACUUCUCAACUGGCUUCCCUUUUCACCGUCUCCAACAUUGCCAUAUUCGUCUCAGUCUUCUUCCACUCUCUUCAUUGGCAUCUUCCAGUUGUGCAUUUUCCUACAUUCGAUCCGGGAAAUGUUUCCAACCCACUCCUUCUCUCGAUAUUUUUAACUGGUGCAGCAUACAGCAAUUCAUUGGACGAUGCAGCCCUGUUGCCCCGACUUCUUGAUGUGGCUGAAGAAUAUAUCUUUCGUAGCGUUACUUCCCUAUCGACUCAGUCCACUUUGCAGCCUCACAAGAUUACAAGUCAACACUCUACGAUCCAGCUCAUUCAAGCUGCCUUGAUUAUCGAGAUGCUACAGUUCGGGCAAGAGAGGGUCGAAAUUAGGCGCCGCAUUCGGAUAAUUCGUCAUCCAAGUUUGGUGUCUCUUAUGCGUUGCUUGGGUAUUUUCCACCUGAAACGGUCAAUGGCGCCUACAUCUAACAAUGGUGAGGAUGGCUCAUGGAAAUUAUUAGUAGCGGAGGAAGUAUGCAUACGCCUUGCUUCAUGGGUAUUUCUUGCGGACGGGUUCCUCACACUUUGUUUCAGAAAUCGUCCCAGUAUAUCCAUAUUUGAACUUGACUGCUCGUUUCCAUGGAAAACGGAGCUAUGGGAAGCAGAAGAUGCGUCAACAUUCAAUCGAAUUGCCACAGAUUAUGAAGCAGAGCUCCCGCUACCCUCUGUAAGGGAAGCAGUUCGGCUGUUGCUCGACAAUCCGGACCCUGGACCGAUCCCUUCCAGGCUCUCCCUUUCAGCAGAACAUUUGCUAAUAAUGAUCUAUGCACUAAAUUCCCUCGCAUUCAUGGCCAGAGUCGACUUUUUCGGGUCUGUGCCAUUGGAGAAGAUAAGAUCUGCCGCCAAUAACUGGAAGCAAAUUUGGGAUUCCGCAUGCGCAAACAACGAACAGAAACUUCUUCUAGGAUAUCCGAAACAUGCCAAAGAGCUGUGGCUACUACUGACGGUCACGCUUGACAUUGCCAGCCAACGGACAAAUCUUCCAUAUUUGGAUUCAGACAGCGCUGCAACAGAUGAUUUGGGGAAAUUAAAUGAAUUCAUUAAAUGGUGCAGUCGGUACAUGGCAACACCGAGUGCACUAGAAAUGGGAUGA